AUGCUGAAGGAAGGACAUCGUUUAGAGCAUCCUGACAAUACCGCAUGUUCUCCUGAAAUGUAUUCGGUGAUGAAGAGGUGCUGGAAGUUGGCUCCAGAUGAGAGACUGAGGUUCAGUGACCUGGUGGUCAGAGUGGACAAGACCCUCCAGUCAGUGGCUGGCUAUGUGGAGCUCUCCAUGACUCUGGAGAAGCUAGACCCUGGGGAGGAGGAGGAGGACUGGACUGGGUAUGAGGUGAUGGAACCUGUACCAUAUGAAGCUGCUGAGGAAGAGAUUUGGGUCGAUCCUAAUCCUAGCUAUGGUACAAAGUGGAGCAUUGGCCAGCUAGAGUUGGCGAGCUUCUCGUUGGACGUGCCUCCGAACAGCGGCAGUAAUGCUGUGGCGGUCAACAGGGAGAAUGGAGAGGUGUUUAUCGCUGCAGGCAACCAGCUUCUGCGACUGAGCCGCAGCCUUGACCUACUGGAGACUGCUAAUGUUAGUGGAGACGAUCUCUUGGUCGGAAUAGCUCUGAGUCCCGACGGCAGUAGACUAGUGGGAUGUCAGGGAGGAAGCUCCAGGAGAUGUUUCGUGUACGACACUCGCGACUUGAGCAGUGGACCAAGUGCAACUGUUGAGAACGCUCACUACAAUCCGCAGAACGGGCUGGCUAUUGUUACGACGGCUGAUAGUUUCUACCUGGGCAGUGAGGGCCCAUUUGAGGUAGUGCGAACAACUGGAGACUAUAGAUUCAGAGUCGAUACCGCCGAUUUCACUCGCCACUUUUACGGAGGUGUUAGCAGAAACAAGUACGUGUACUAUUUUGUAGCAGAUCGAGGACAAUUUGACGUUUUUCGUGUUCUCCGAGUGUGCGACUGCGCCAGGGAGCAGGCAUGUAGUAAAAAUGAGUUCGAGGCACUGUAUGAACUGGCUGUGGAGUGUAGUAGUUCUGCAACUCAAAACGCCAGAAUAUGUGGAACUGAUCUGGUGGAAUCCUUUGCUGGACAGGCUGGGCCGUUUGUAGUAGUGACUCGAUGUGAAGAUGUGGUUAGUAGUGGUCGAAAUCGUGUCUGUGCCUUCAGACUUGCUGAUAUUGACAAUGACAUGAACACAUAUUUCAAUGAAUGCAAGUCUGGAAAGCAAUCUGAAUCUGAGCCUCCUUGGGAGCCUCCAACAUCUUGUUUAGAGUUUACUGAAGCCAUGCCUUGUGAUUUUGGUCCUCCCUCUGCUAUUAGUGAUACUGGGAGAUCCAAUGCACAAAGAUUUGCAUUUCGGUUGGUCAAUGCUGGCAAUUCUCUCAUUACCGCGACGCUAGCAAUCUUUGUGGAAGAAGUCAGUUUAGUGUAUGUUGCCUAUGAUGGAGACAUUGAAGUGUAUGAAGUAAAAACAACAGAUACCAAUAACCCAACUGGUUCUCUGUUGCAAACAAUUGAUAAUGUCCCAUCAGUGCAAGACAUUGGCUGGGAGGAGGGAUCAGACAACAUAACUAUUACCACAGACAACCAGGUCUUUCUGUACCCUCUGGAGACGUGCUCAGAGUCAUCGUCAUGUGUGGAGUGCACAGAGGAAGACUCAUUUCCUCUGUGUGGCUGGUGUACAGUGGAGGACAAGUGUUCUCGGAGGUCUCAGUGUCUCGACAGCUCUCAACCAGGGAGAUGGGUCCAGAGCUCCAGCGAGUGUAUCUCCACCGCUGUCUCUCCAGCCCAGUUCAUUCUGGACUCCCCCACCAUUCUGGAUGUGACAGCCACCUCACCCCUGCCAGAGAAUUUGACGUACAAUUGCUCAUUCUCUGCCCCUGGAGACAAGUUUACACUAGUGGUCCUUGCUAUUGAAGUGGUAGCUGGCACUAAGUACCAGUGUAAUAUCGCUAAUGUCGCUACUUCUCUGGACUCAGCCAAACAAGUUACCCACUUCAGCUUUGUCAGUGUUGAAGUUGGAAUUUGCAGUGGGAUAUCAGAACCUUGUCCCGUGCCUGAAGGAGUGAACAACUCAUACCUCAAACUUGGUACCAGCUCUGAACCAACUGAAGUGUGCCCUGUUGUAAAUUCAGACCCGACUACUGGGAACUAUACUCAACCAGUCAACGUGGCCAGAGAUCUAGUUCUAAAGACCAGCAACCUGCCAUCUCCUGUUGAUGGUUUCCGUUAUGAGUGCACUAUUAACGGCCAGCUUUUUCACGCAAUUCUCAACAUUGCAGAAGAUACUGUCGCCUGCAUCAUAUCGGAGGGGGUCCUUCAAAUAUCGUCCGGUGACCAGACAGUAUCCCUAGAGUUGAUAUGGACUAACGAUGCAGUCUCCUAUCCUCUCAAUGGCAAUUCAACAGAUAGCAUUGUGUGUAUUCUCUACGACUGUAAUGAGUUGGAGACUAGUUGCUCAUCUUGCCUGGGAGAAAUGUGGCUGGGUUUACGUGUGGCUGGUGCUCCAAUGAGUGUGUGCCCAACAGGGGACCCACAGCCGGAGGGACUCGUGUUAACAUCUCUGGGCACUGACCUUGGAGCCUCUUACAGUGAUGUAAUAGAAGUUAGUCUACAAUCAGUUACUGGUACUAGUGUAAGCUGUUUACUGGCUGGAGAAGAGACGUAUGUUUUAGGAAGAGGGAUAGUCUGUGUGACUCCAAGCGUGAUGUUUGGUGGAAACUAUGUGUUGAAAGUUCUCAUCCAACGUGAAUCAAUCACAGAGGUGGUCAGUGCACCUUACUCUUAUGAAGAGCCUCGGCUGACUGCAGUUCAUCCUGCAUUUGGGCCGAAAUCAGGAGGAAUCGAAGUGGUGAUCAGUGGUAGCAGUCUGAGUAUUGGAAACAUUCAGAACACCUGCAUUCAGCUGAAUGGAGUUGAUUGUGAGAUCAUGACCAUACUUGAUUCACACAUCAGUUGCGUAUCUGGAGAGUUUCAAGGAAGUACGUCAGUGGCAGUAGUGGCGUUUAUCGACAAUGCCAAUGUCAGUGAGGAUGGAGUGGACUUUGCUUACAGAGAAGACCCUGUUUACUUCAGUGUCAGCCCCAAAGAGUCAUUCCCGCGUUGGACGGUGUAUGGAGCACAGGGUAACACGAUGAUCUGCAGUCUCCCUAGCUUCACCACUCAGGAACCCCAUCUGACGAAUAUCAGCUACACUGUGAUAUUUGGAGAUGCUCCAGGCCCAAACAGAACAAGAGCAGAGUUGACACUGGAGUCGAGGCCUGACCCAGGAAUGUUCCUGGACAGUGUAGAUAGAAGCGAGGUACACGUGACAGUUGGAGGAGAGCUGUGUGAAGCCAUAAUAACGGGAGCUCAAGCUGCAGACACAUACACAUGUCUUGUACCAAGGGAUCCUCCGAAUGGAGUCAACGAUGCCAAAGUUAUAGUUAUGGUUGGCCAAAAUUUGAGGUAUGAAAUUGGUACAGUGACAUACAAGAGUAAUGAAGGAGAAACUAAUCCGAAUGAAGAGGGAGCUUCAAACACUGUGGCCAUUGUUGGCUCUGUUACAAGUGUCCUUGUGGUUCUGAGUGGGGCCAUUAUACUCAUCUUGGUUCUAUUUGUCGUUUUCAAGAGAAAGACUUCGGCAAACGAAACUCUAGAUCUGGUUGCCAAUCGUUUUGCCCUCCAAGAGAUGGUUGAGACAACAGGAGCAAUGGAUAUGGCCCGAGAAGAGCUGAAGAAGUUAAUACCACAGAGACUGCACAUUCCUAGCAGUCCUCUUCGUCUGCUGGACAGUGUUGGACAUGGGGAAUUUGGUGAGGUCUAUAAGGCAUACCUGACUAGGCUUAGAAAACAGCGUCUUGUUGCUGUCAAGACACUUAGAGAUGGGAGACUCAGGUUCAGUGACCUGGUGGUCAGAGUGGACAAGAUCCUCCAGUCAGUGGUUGGCUAUGUGGAGCUCUCCAUGACUCUGGAGAACUUAGAGUCUGGGGAGGAGGAGGAGGACUGGACUGGGUAUGAGGUGAUGGAACCUGGCCUAUAUGAAGCUGAGACUGCUGAGGAGGAGAUUUUGGUUGAUCCUAAUCCUAGCUAUGGUACAAAGGUUGUGAUCAAUGAAGGUUGUGAUGACAAACCAACCCUCUAAUUAAACUCUACAGAUCGACAAUACAUUUAUAAACAGUGACUUUGUAUCAUGUAGAGAACUCUCUAUAAUAGUUUAAUAUACUGGUAAAAAUGUAAUGCUCCUUGCGGCAGUCAAAGCUAAGUUGACAUGGAUCAUUGA